AUGCCUGAAGCAAAAAAGCACACCCCGCGCUCCAUUCUGGAGGCAUUCUACGAUGCAGAGCGCAUCUACAUGUCCGCCCCCCCGGACAAGCGAGACUUCAGCGGCAUCGCAGCCACCCUUAGCCCUGAUUAUCGACUUCUUCAAACCCCUGCCCUCCCGUAUGGGGGCGAAUACAUCGGUCCAGAAGGUUUGGAGAGAUGGGCAAAGCAGAUGGCAGACUACUUCUCGAUUGUAGACGUCAAGGAGCCAGAAAUCUUCGAAAGCGAGGGGUCCAACCGCGUUGUGGUCUACUCCACUGUCCACUUCAAGGUCCGGGCUACUGGGGAGGAGGUAGAUUACCCGUUCUGCCAGGUUGUCACCGUCGAUUUGGAGAAGGGUGUGAUGACAGAGCAGAUGCCGUUCUAUUGGGAUGUAAAUCGCAUGCUCGGGCACACCCCCAAGAAUUGA